AUGGCACUCCGUGAUCACGCUACCAGUGCAUGGCAAGACGGAGAUCAAUCAAUCAUGCAUCCAUCAUUCCCCAAUGAUCCACUUCCUUUGUGGGUCUUAUCAUACUGGGUGUCCAUGUCUCAUGCACUUGAGCAUCAACGUGAUUGGCGUGCAUCACACACCUGGAUCUUAGACCGACUGGACACUGUUUUGGGUGACUGUGAUGAGUUGGAAACCAUCGACGACAUUUUAGAUGUGAUAGAGCGUCUUCCAUGGGAUGUUCCGCUCAAGGGAGUUGGCACUCAGACUGACCUAUCUACUAGUGGGCUACGGCUGCUGUUGGCAUCAGGCCCAAUUGGUGGUUGCCUCAUGGAUACUAUGAUUGCUGUGGUAGUUGAACACAUGCAAGCAUCUCAAAAUGCAGACCUUCGGACCAUCUGUGUCGAAUCCCUUGUCCUUAUGGAUACACUUCAUCUCGGCAAGAAGCGGUGGGCAAACUAUGAGACUGAGAAGGCGUUCACUCACCUUUGUGCCAUAGGCUCUGCAUUACACGAAGGAAGACUUCAGCGUGUCCUCUUUCCUGUCAAUAUUUGCGACAUCCAUUGGGCUGCUAUCGAGGUCAAUGUGAUCAACCAAACCAUCUCAUAUGCAGAUUCUCUUGGGUGGGAUUGGCCCGCUCAUGACAUUGACACCAUUCGUCAUUGGCUGGGCUAUCACGGCCUCUCUGGAUUUAGUAACACAAGUGCACUACAGUGCGGUCAACAGCUGGAUUCGUUUUCAUGCGGAAUUGCAGCCAUCAAUACUAUCAAGCAUGCUGUGUUUCGUGAUCCCUUGUUCAACAAUAACGAAGCAUUCUCCCUCCGCAUGGAAGAGUUUUUGGAUCUUGCUUAUGAUCAUCUUGAGCACUCAGUUCCUGGCGACAGCACAGAUGUGGAUGAUGGCAGUGACUUCGAGCCAGAAGAGACUCCGUCAGAUACAGAGAGCGAACACGAGACUCAGCCAUCUAUCUCCACCCCGCCAUCAUCCACGCAAACUAACAAAACAAAACUCGACCUCCGUUCAACUGACGCAGACCAAAACAAAGGUCUGUUCAGGUUCUUCCCAAAAGUAUCACGCGAGGAGCAUCUACAAUGUGCUUGGAAGCCUUUCACUUGGGAGCUCAAAGAUCAGGAGCGGGACCAUUAUCAGCAAGAAUUCAAUAAGUUUGAGAAGGCUACUCGCAAGCGUGAAAGAGCCGCUGAGCGAAAGAGAAAACAGCGAGCACGUGAAAAACAUGAAAAAGCUGCUAUGGAGAAACCCACCAUUGAUUCCAUUCUUCAUGAUAGCAAUCCUCAGCCACCAGCUGUCACUAUCGCAGAGGCAUCACAUCCAUAUCGUCAACUACAAAGGCAAGCUCGUAGCAAGCGCACACACAAUCUAGGCUGGAAGUGCAAGCGGGGGGACACAGAUGCUUUGCGUGUCAAUUGGCAAAGCCCCCUGCUAUGGCCGACCAUUGAAAUGGCUGCUCUCUAUGUUGGCUAUGGGAUGUCACCAGUGCAGAUUGAGCGUGAGCUUAAACGAAUUGACCCCACUCGUUUUGCUGGUAUCCAUGCUCAAGUUAUAGGAAGCUGGAUAGACCAUAGCGGGACACAACCAGCAUGGCAUGCGAAUGUGCUUGCCCGUGUUCGAAAGGGCAAUCUUCCAUUAACAAAGGCAACACCGCCUGGUAUUCUCUCGAAGUAUCCUAAUGUUGUCAAGACCAUUGUGGAAGACCUGCGCGCUCUGCGCACUGUUGGUGUAGCUUUAGACACCAUGCAUUGUCGUGGUGUAAUCAUCGCCCGCCUCACUGUCUCUUGCCCUGAGGUCUUUGAGGCUGUUGCGAAGGACGGCUCACACUUUCAAUGCACAGAGUCUUGGGUAAAGAAGUUCGUAGCCGCAAAUCUCAAUUGGUCAUUUCGUCGCGCAACUUGUGCCGCACAGAAAACCCCUUCCAACACCGAUCAACUUUGUCUGGACCAAUUCCUUCGUUUAACUUUGACCAUUCGCAACUGCGCAAUUUUUCAUGCUUGUUUCUACGUCAACAUUGAUCAGACAAAUAUUGUGUAUCAACCCGCAAACACGGCUACAUACGAAGAAGUCAGUUCCAAGCAAGUCACAGUCAUCGGACAGGAGGAGAAGCGAGCAUUCACUGUUGUGGUUGGCAUAUCUGCCUCCGGUGAUGCUCUCCCAUUUCAGGUCAUCUACUGCGGCAAAACUACAUGCUCCCUCCCCACGAAAAACAUGCCACAAUUCAAGGAAGCACAGCGCUUAGGCUUCAAGCUGUGUUUUUCGAACACUGACACGUACUGGUCAACGUUUGAGCUCAUGUGCGACUAUAUUCGUGAUAUCCUCAUUUCUUACUGGACAAGACAGAAGGAGCUCGUUGGUGCACCCGAUGAUCAAGAAUGUAUCUUACACCUGGAUGUUUGGUCAGUCCACAAGUCCAUCCAGUUUCGCACUUGGCUUGAUCAACAUUACCCAUGGAUCAAGUAUCGCUUCGUCCCUGGCGGUUGCACUGGUAUUGCCCAACCAUGUGAUGUUGGUGUCCAGCACCCACUCAAGCUUGCUGUCAAACAAUCUCAGCAUGCUGACAUCGUUGACGAGUCUUUGUCAUUGCUGAAGAAAAAUGAUGCCGCUGCCGCCAUCAUUCAACUUGACACAAUGUUGCCCACACUGCGUGAUAGAUCGUUGCACUGGCUUAUCAAUGGCUAUCACGCCAUUAACAAGCCAGACAUUGUUAAACAAGCCGGCACUUCAUUCAACCUCUCCUUUGAGAGUCUUACCAGCCGUGAAGCGCUUCAAAUGCUGCGUGAUGUAGAGAAGAACAAUGUCGAGACAUGGGACCGAAUCAAGACAGCUCAAUACAAGGUUGAAAAACCUCAAUCCGAGUCGGCACUAGAUGAGGUUGAGCCACCAUUUGCGCAAGCUGCAGACGUUGAGCUUGAUCCGUGUGAUAUUCCUGUUGAUGCAGUUCUACUUCACAUCACAUCAGGGGGGUCAGUCCCUCGAGGCUAUGGUACUGAUGUUUCUGGCAACCUGCUGGCAUGCAACAAGGCAGAAGGAUAUGAUCAAGAGCUUGCAGCUUCCGCCACCGAGGGUGACGAAGAAAACUUUGGUCGUGGGAAGCGUAGACGCAUGGAAAAUACACAAUACAGAAAAUUUUGGAAACAUUGACCUUAGUUUACGCGUUUUUUUCAUGUUUUACCAGUAUGUCACAAUUUACCUUCAACGCAUUCAA